UAUCAAUACACAUGCUGGGUCACACACAAACACGCUCUCAAGUCAUAUUAGGAGCAACUAUCCCGACCAGACCGAGGAACUGCUCGUCAGACACGACUACCAGUUGGACUUAGAGCAGACAAGCUAGAGAUGGACACUGCUCAAGAACGCAAGCCAAAAAGGCCUCACUACAUUCCUCGACCGCUUGGGAAACCAUUCAAGUACCAGUGUUUCCAGUGUCCAUUUACCUGCAAUGAGAAGUCCCACCUCUUUAACCACAUGAAAUAUAACCUGUGUAAGAACUCCAUCUCUCUGAUGUCACAGAAAAAUGGUCCAACGGCCCGACAGGACAAGACAGCAGCAAAGGCCACCCUGGUAAAGUCAAUGGACAGUCCAAACUUGCCAGGCGGUGCAUCCCUCAAUCAGGACAAACAGCAGGCUAAGGAGAACAAAGACGAGGUGAGAGAUGCAAGUGAAGAGGUCAAUGUUGGGUGUGAAAGUCCAAUCGAAAGGGGAAAAGGAAAGGAAGAGGAACGUCCAGCAGUAGAAAACCAGGACAGCAAAGACACUAAGUCAAUGCCACGCCGCCAAUCUGCCUUCUCACUGGUCACACCCAACCGUGACGAAGCCUUCAACACACCCAUGCAGCAGUCAGACCAUCCACAAAUUCCUCAUUUCAACCGUCCUGCAUUUCCAAUAACGUUUAAGCCAUUCCCCACUCCAAUUGGUCUAGAAUACUCUCCUUAUCUCUUACCUGACCAACCUCUCUCCACGCAAUACUACCACCCUGCCAACCAAAAUGCAAAUGAGCUCAAUUCUUCUUUCCGGCUAGAGGUCCCAAAUCCCCAAAGGCCAGUGAUGCCACAUGGCACUGCUUCGCCACUUCCUGCUUCACUCUUCCCACCAUACCAAUACAGAUACUGCCACCCAGUCCACCCCUUUCAUUAUGGCCUGUACAGACCCCACGACAUCUCCAUGCCCAUCACAGCAUCAAGAUAUAUUCCCUUGGACUGGUACCAGCAAACUCUCAGCUCUAAAGAUUACAAUUCAUACAUACAACCCCAUCCCUGUCAUUUCAACGCCAUCGAACAAGAGCAGCUAGAACACAGGCAAAGUGGAGACAAGGCAACCAGGCUGAGCCCCAAGGAGGGAUGUUCCGCUUUGGGAUCCCCUGACAGACCAAGUCAUGCACAGGUCAUCCAGAAGGACGUAGGGCAGGCGCCACAGGACACCAACGUGGACAAGCGGCUGCCAUCGACAGUGGCUCAGCAUAUACCGACCAAUGCCAGGCAUAAAGAUACAGCGGAGAGCUUGCUGCAGCUAGGAACUCUACUUGUAGAUAGAGGAUCAUCUGAGAACAGCAGAUAUUCCGCCGUGUCUGAGUCAUGUCCUGAAACUACAUCCGAACAUGAAGAAGAGGACAACAGAGACGAUCCAGCACCGCUAAAUCUCUCAACAAGAACCCAAGACAAAGACAGAUUUUCAGCCGACCACAGAGACCAGCCAAAGGGGGCAGAGUUACCCCUGAACCUCACCCUUUGUUCUUCUCAGGCUAGCUCUUCAGAUGAUCCUCAGAUGAGUGCGGAUGAAGAAACCUUUGACCAGAGGCAGAAUGCAGCGCUCGCGCUCUGUCAGCUCUACGUAGCGAGCACGGCUGCCUCUUUAUGUGACUUUGAGCCGGCAGAGGGACUCAAGGAAGACGACGAAAGUCCCCAAAAGACAAAACGUACCACCAGGGCGACCAUGACAGGUGUGAAACGAGCACACCAAGCUAAGACAAACAAUAAAACAAACAAGAGAGCUAAAGUGACAAAGCGGAAUGUGAGGAGGAGGCCUCGCCGCAGCUAAACAUAUAAUAUUAUUUUGUAUUAAUUGGCGAAAAGCUUUGAUCUAAUCAGACUGUGGAACAUCAUCACUGAAGCACUGAAAGACUGUAAAUAAAGCACUGCCUGUAAUGUACAGUAUGUAAAUAUGUUUUUAUGUUGUAAUUGUACACACACUGGACACAACAUUAGGUAGACCUGCAUAAUAUGAGCGACCGACUUAUGAACAUGUUUGCUCUUGUGGUUGUAUUUUAAAGGGCUGUCUCUAAUGCAGAUGGAAAUUAGCUAUUUAGCUAUUAUCUGGUACAGAACAUAUCUGUCUUUGAGCUUAAUGUUUCUGUACAUUGUCCCUUCAAAUAAAGACUAAACUAAACUAAUAUUGUGGGAACCCCAUUUAACCAUAAGAGUAGAGAAAAUGCUGUCUACCAAAUGCAUUUACUCUAAUAAACAAACUCGAAAUUGAGCAUUAUUGACACAAAUAUCUUAAUGUAUUGACAUAUGUACCAUAUUUUUUGCAUCAU